AUGCCUUCAUUAUCAAAUCUCCAUCUUCCAAUCUUCAUAUUUUCUUCAUCACCUAGUGAAAAAGAAAACAAGUGUCUCCCCCAUCACGAAUGUCAAAUAGUCGGUGAAGACGACAACCAUUCCAGCAGUGGCGCAGCCGCUCAGAAACUGAACUCUUCUGGCGACGGAGCUACCAUUGAGGUUGUCAGGUGGCCUAGAUGUCCCCCUGGAUCUAAAAACAGGCCUAGACCUCCUGUAAUCAUAACACGCGAUCCUGAACCUUCUAUGAGUCCUUUUAUUCUAGAAGUUUCUGUAGGAAAUGACUUCGUUCAAGCGGUUGCUGAGUUUAGUCAUCGUAGAAACAUUGGUUUAUGUGUUCUAACUGCUUCAUGA